CUGACCUUCAUGAAUCGGAGAACAAACUUUUCUGCAAACCAGCAAGAUAAAGUGAAGGAUUACACCAAGAUUUCAACAUUGUGUUCUCUACAAAUUAAUCUCUGCUGAGUUUUGAUCCAGCGCCAAAGGAAGUGGUCGUAGUGCUGCAGCCAUAGCUGAAGACUAUCAUGAAGACCAGAGCUUGUACAAGAAGGGAGUUCAGUGUCAUCUUCCUCUUUCUGGCUGUGGCUGCCUUAAUCUUUGGGCUACGUAACGUGGAGGUCCUGGAGCAGUUUCAGCAUAAAGUGAACUCCACUAUCAUCAUCCCGAACAUUUCCACUGACCCAGAUGUGAAUCACAGCUUCUGCACCUUCCAGCCACUCUCCCGUGAGGAUGCUCUGGAGGAACGCCUCCUACUAGACUCCAUUGCUUGGCCUGAAACUCCACCUUUGCCAGCUCCUGUUUCCCUGGAGAAUACCAGUGAUCCAGCUCACAGCACCUUCACCAUUCUCCCAAGGAGGGGAGGAGGACAGUGGCAUGUAGGGGAUCAGCUGGAGGUUAUGAUAGAAAUGUCUGACUUCCAGGGCCGUCCCAAGAGGUAUGGGGGGGACCUCUUACUUGCCCGACUGCACAACAUGAAGCUUGUUGCAGGUGUAGCUGGGCAAGUGGUGGAUCAUCUCAAUGGGAGCUACUCUGCUGUGUUCUCUUUACCCUGGGAAGGAGACGCGCAGGUUAAGGUGAUGCUGGUUCACCCUAAUGAGGCUAUCACAGUGCUGAACAGGAUAAACAGAGAACAACCUGAUAGGGUUUUCUUCAAGAGCCUCUUCCGCUCAGGCUCACUCUCUGAAAUUACCAUCUGUGACAUCUGCCUACGUCCAACCCAGCAGCCGCUGUGCAACUUCACUGACCGUCAUACAGGCGACCCUUGGUUCUGCUACAAGCCAAAGAACCUGAGCUGCAAUGCCAGGAUCAACCACUUCACAGGAGGAGUCAACUACAUAAUUAAGGGAAAUGAGACGAAGCUCUUUCAAAGUCGUGUCAACUUGAAAGUUGAAAUUCGGGCUUCAGGACCUGCCAGCGUCACUGUGUUGCCAAAACAGAAAGAUCAACCACAGUUGAAAAGCAGCAUUGUGACAUCUGGACCCUCUGGCUAUUACUACCAGGGUGCAUGGCGAUCAUUAAAUGGCCCCACAGUUCGCCAAUUCAACGUCUCUGACAUCAGUCCAUGUCUGAAAGGCAAGGUGGUCCACAUGUAUGGAGACUCCACCGUCAGGCAGUUUUUUGAAUAUCUCAACGCAGUACUACCAGAUCUUAAGGAGUUCGACCUGCACAGCCCGAAGAGAGCUGGACCUUACAUGGCCUUAGACUAUGCAAACAACAUCAGGGUAACAUACCGCUUCCAUGGUCCUCCUCUCCGUAUUGUCACUGUCCCAACCAGGGAGCUUCGUCACAUUGCAAAUGAAAUAGAUGGUUUAAUUGGAGGCACCAAUACUGUUGUACUUUUUUGUGUCUGGGCUCACUUUGGCCCUUAUCCCAUGGAGCUCUACAUCCGAAGGCUGCAGAGCAUCCGCAGGGCGGUGGUGCAGCUGCUGGACAGGGCUCCCGGCACAGUGGUCAUCAUCCGGACCGGGAACCCGCAAGGCCUGACGCUUAAUUUUGCACAAACAAAAAGUGACUGGUUCUCACUGCGGUUCAACAAGGUGCUCAGACUCAUGUUCAAAGGACUGAAUGUUCAUCUGAUUGAUGCCUGGGAGAUGGUCCUGGCCCACUAUCUGCCACACAUACUCCAUCCACCACCUGCCAUUAUUAAGAAUAUGAUGAAUGUUAUCUUGUCCUAUAUAUGUCCUGCAAAGAGCAGCUAGAUGUGCAUGUGACAUGGUAUCUCUCUGUUGUCUGUAGUCCAUGCAAAGACUAGAAUAACGACAAUAUUUUUAUUUUUGUUUUAAAUGUUGAGCAAUUUUAUAAUAAUUUAUAGUAGUCAAAGUGGUAAUAUCAGAUCUAACUUUACCGAAACAGCUGCAUAUUUAUGACAGUCUCCUUCAAGAGAUAUGAAUUUGUGAAGACAGUGGGUGGGCUCUCAUUGACUAUGUGAUAUGAUAUAUUAUUUUUAUAAUAGACAGGGUUUUGCUUAUACUGUAUAUAUUAAUGUGUUUGACCAGGUGUUUCUAUUUCUUUGACAUGAUUAUCUAUGGGAGCCACUUUGUUUGGUACAAGAGGGGGGCAGUUAGUGUUUGGUACUUGACAUUGCUAAGUCACACUCACAGAUUUUACAAGCUAAGGGGUUGAAUGGGAACUCACAACCAACUCACAACAGAUCCAAGCUAAUAUUAGCAGCACAGAUAAACUGGGAAUAUUCACUACUGUAUCAUUAAAUUCUUGGGGGACUAAACACUCCCUACAGGCAUUCAAAAGUUUUAGAUUUGUUAUGCAGAAAACAAACACAGACAUUGUGAUGUUGCAGAAAAAAAUACAUCUUAAAUCUAGUGACAUUUCCAGGGCUCAAAACAGUUUUUAUACACCUGUUGUUGCAUCUGAUGGUACAGGCACAAAUACGGGAUAUGAUGAUAUUAAUGGGAGGUAACAUAAAUGUAUCAAUUGAAAAGAUUGGCUCAGAUGAUGAAAGUCGUUUAUUUUUACUAUACUUCCAUUCAGGGCCAAAAAGCUGCAUUUGCUAGCCAAUAUGCCUCAUCUAUAUUUUGAAGUUGAUAUUUUUCACCCUAAAAUACCUCACAGUUAUUGAAGUUAAGAGACUAUGUUGGCUUAGACAUGAAUGCUUUCAUCAGCAGCAACCUCAAUAAAUCUUCUUCAACUGUAAAAGUUCUCAAGAAUAUGCCUUCAAAGUGCUUCAUCUCUUUACAAUGGACUGAACUUAAACUGAUGUGUGGAGGUUCCAUCAUCCAUCUGCUAAAGACUAAUAAAUA